GUUUGCAAGUGUAAGAGCAAAGUUUGUUAGCGCAAAGUUAAAAUCGUAAAUGAAAUGAAAAGGAGACGACCGUUUUGUAGUUCAUGCAACGAUCUUCUCUGACGUCUUUUCUUUCGCUUCCCGCGUAUUCGGAAGUAGCGCCGUCGGAGGGUUUUGAUUAUCUUAAGUAGUUUCAUCCGCUUGAUGGAUCGAGUUGUUCUAUGUUGCCUGCAAUGAUCGCCCGGUUGUUUAUGGGAAUCGUAUUCCUUUAUCCGUGAGCUAUGAGGGUUUCUACGAUGCUGUAGAUUAUGUUGAUUCGUUCGCGGAAAUACAGGUUAGAACCCUUUGGGUUUGUGGAAUUGAGUUUGAUCUUGUGGUUUUGGUGAAUAUGGGGCUUGGAGAGGAGGAAGAUGGUGGCCAUGGUGAGAAUGGGGAGAUGGACCUUGAUGAUGAUGACGACGAAGAUGAGGAUGUGGAUUUCAAUCCCUUUCUCCGUGAUUCUCCUUCCCUGGAAGCGUCUUCGAGCUUGAGCUCGGAAAAUGAAGGAGUUGCUAGGGAGGGGAAUGAUGGGCUGGGAAGGAGUUCGAGUCGUAAGCGCGGUGAUCCGGUAGUGGAAGCAUCUAGCGAAUUUCGAGAACCAAGUGGUGGAGAUGAUCUGCAGACUGAACCCUAUGAAGAAGUCAUUGAUGGGAAGGAAGCAGGUUUGUGCGAAUCAGGGAAAAGGACAAGGCUGCCGAGCGGAGAAAGUCAAAUGGGUGGGCACUCGGAAGAGAAGGAUAUUUUGGCGACUGAAGGUGAUGCAAGCACUAUGAGGAGGGAACAAGAGUUAUUGGAUCAAACUAUGGAUGCAUUGCCCGAUUUGAAUAUCUCCCGGAAACCAGUCAUCCAUGUGCAGAAUGGACAGGGGAAUGAGGAGGAAGAUGAUGAAGAUGCAAUCUGUAGACGGACAAGGGCACGGGUUUCAUUAAGGGAUUUAUCACUAGAUGAACUGGAGAUGUUUCUUCAAGAAUCUGAUGAAGAAGAUUACUUUCAAAAUGUGGAUGAUGAGGAAGAGUAUAGGAAAUUUCUCGCUGCUGUCAUUGGGAAUCCAGAUGCAGAUGGAGAGGGAAAUCAAGAGGCAAAUAGGAAGGAAGACAUCGAAGAUGAUGAUGAAGAUGAUGACGCAGACUUUGAAAUGGAAAUUGAAGCUGCAUUGGAGAGUGACCCUGAUGAAAGCUGGAGUCGGAAGGGUAGAAAAGAGAAGUUGCAGGUCCCAAUUCAUAGGCCUGAAACCAGGCAAAAGAAGCGCCAGAAAGCUGAAAAAAACAAAGACAGGCUUGUGGGGUCGAAUAAGCCUCUAAGACCAUUGUUGCCAUUAACAGCAAACAUACAGGUUGCUCGUUCAUCUGAAUUGGGUGCAAGUAGAUUAUUGGCUGACAGUGUUCAUCCUUUCAAUCCUGCCGUGCCGACUGUGGAUGCAAAUAGUUUUACUGCUCAUCAAAUAGGCCAGUUACACUGUUUGAUAUAUGAGCAUGUCCAACUUCUUAUUCAGGUAUUCUCUUUGUGUGUUCUUGAUCCUGCUCGGCAAGAAAUAGCUGAUAAGGCCAAGGGCCUAAUUUUUGAAUUGGCUGACAAGUGUGAUGAAGCUUUGGCAUGGAAGAAAGUCCCUUACCCAGACUAUUGUUUCCAUCCACCAUUUAUACAUCCUUCUGUAUCCCAAGUUUCUCAGAUGCGGCAGAAUGCAUCUCCUGUGCCUUCUUUUCUAGGGGCUUCUACCAGAGCAAUAAAUGCUGAGAAGUCCUUUAAUGGGCAUGCAAGUGCUGUUCAAGAUAACAGGUAUUCAGGCUGGACUCCUGUGGUGCAUGGACAUGUAGUUUCAGUGCUUGAUGUUGCCCCACUCAGAAUUGCCCGUGAUUACUUGACUGGCAUUGAAGCUGCUGUAUCAUCAUACAAGCAACGGCGUAUUACAGAUAUGGAUCCUCACACUUAUUAUGAAAGAGAACCUCUGUUUCAUGUCCCUAAUCUUCCAUGUGAAGCGACAACAAGAGGUACGAGGGAUGGAGUGUCACCUGGUCGAAGCUCUACACCGUCCAACUCUUGUUCUCAGCCAUCCCAAAAGAAGACCCUGGCUGGUGUUCUUGUAGAAAGCAGUAAAAUGCAGUCAAUUGCUCUUGUUCCUAAGGAUAUUGCACAGUUGGCUCAGAGGUUCCUUCCUCUAUUCAAUGUUGAUUUGUUCCCGCACAAGCCUCCUCCAGCUGCUGCUGUUAACCGGGUGCUUUUUACUGAUGCAGAGGAUGAAUUGCUUGCAAUGGGUCUGAUGAUGUAUAAUUCUGACUGGAAGGCCAUUCAACAGCGUUUUCUUCCUUGCAAAAAGAUUAAUCAGAUAUUCAUUAGGCAAAAGAAUCGUAGUGCUGCAAAAGCACCUGAAAAUUCAAUAAAGGCAGUGAAGAGAAUGAAAUCUUCUCCUUUGUCUCCAGAGGAGAAGGCCUAUAUUGAUCAGGGAAUCAAGGUCUUCAAACUUGACUGGAUGUCUAUCUGGAAAUACUGUGUUCCACACCGUGAUCCUCUAUUGCUACCACGGCAAUGGCGAAUAGCAAUUGGAACUCAAAAAUCGUACAAAACAACUGAAGCUGCAAAAGAAAAACGUCGGCUGUAUGAAGCAAAGCGACGACAAUCAAAACUUGCAAUGACCAGCAAUUUAACAUUAUGUGAACCAGAGGAUAACCAGAUCAGUGGUCCAGAUGGAGAGGAUUAUAGUGGAAAUGAGUAUGAUGAUGAAGAUGAAGCUUAUGUACAUGAAGCAUUUUUAGCUGACUGGAGACCAACUGGUUCAGUUCCUGUCUCACCUGAACUUCCAGUUUCAGCUAAAGUAAGUGACAGCGGAAGACGUUCCCAAGUUGAUGCUUCUAUCUCAGAGGAGGGAUUAGGUUUUCAUAAAUUGGAUGCUUCUCUCAUGCAAGAACAAUCAAAUUCUACUAAGAAAGGCAUCCAUGCCCAAGCUGGUCAAGGCAAAGAUCCUUUACAAGGACAUUCCUACAUGCAUCAUUUUGCAGCCACUGCUUCACCUUCUUCUGAAACUCCAACACAAAUGCCACCUUUCACUAAUAUUAGGUGGACUGAUUGUUAUCUGUCUUCCAGGAAAUUGAUUUCUGACUGUAAGGAGAAGUCAUCAAGGAGUAGGCUGGGUGUGCGACCAUGUCGCAUGCGUAAAACCAGUGGCCUCCAGUUGGUCAAGUUAGCGCCUGAUUUGCCUCCUGUGAAUCUCCCUCCUUCAGUUCGUAUAAUUCCUAAAGCAGCUUUUGGAUGCUACCCUCAUGAAACUUCCUGUAACCUAAAUGCUGUACAUAGAAAAGAGUCCAACGUUAAGAUAUCUGAACCUCAUUUUGUAAAUACUGGAAUGAUCUCUUCCACAAAUGUUGGAAAAGACAGGAAUGCUAGUUCUGUUUAUUCUAGUAAUAGAAAGUUGUGCACAGAGAAUCAGAAUAUGGUUCAAGGUACCUCGGCGGAAAAUGGUGCUGAAGCUGACCUUCAAAUGCAUCCUUUACUUUUCCAGAUGCCUGGAGAAGGUUCGUGGCCCCAUCUUCCAAAUAAUGCUGUUAUAAACUCAAGAUCGCGGAACACUUUCCCAGAAAAUGCAUUUCAGUUGGGCAGUUUGUUUAAGAAGCGGCCAACUCUUGGCACAACUGGUCCACAUUAUCCAGCUCCACACUCAAACCUUUCCUCCUCUAGUAUGGAAACCAUUGAUUUUCAUCCCCUUCUUCAAAGAUCUGUUAGUGUAGACAAGGAACCAACCAGUCAUUCACAUCCAGUGAUUAAUUGUUCUGCCAGUCCAGACUCUGCUCCUGUUUUGUCAGAUGCCUGUGGAACUAAGUCACAAGUGAUUAAUCUAAGUGCUUCGUCAGGUGGUCAUGAGAGAAGUGAUGAACCAAAUUUGGAUUUCCACUUGCAUCUUGGUGGCAAUCGGAUGGUUGCUGAUGGGAUUACAAUUAACCGUCCCUUGCUCUCUCUCAAGGACAGUAGGAGCAUAAAGGAUAGUCAGACUUGCAAUGACGAAGGCCAUCCUUCUGGAUCGCAUACAGGACUUGGUUCCUUUGUGCACUCAGUUUCAAGCGUUGCUGUUGCUGAACGAAGGUCUAUAACUGAUGAUCAUGGAGAACCUAAUGUACAAGGACCUCUAGAGGUGCAUCAGCAUAAUCAAGCCCUUUCAGAAAUAGUAAUGGAGCAAGAAGAGUUAAGUGACUCUGAGGACGAUAUUAGAGAAAAUGUUGAGUUUGAACAUGAAGAAAUGGCUGAUUCGGAAGAAGAAUCACAUCAUUGUCAGCUGGGCACUGCACAGAGUAAGGAAGCUUCAAAUGUGGAAUUUGAAGAAGAGAUUCUUUCAGAUGAUGAGAACUCUUUGCCAAGGAGAAGCCGAAUUUUUGUUCCUGAUGGUAGAUUAAUCGGUGAUGAAAGAGUUGUAUUUGACCAUUCUAUUGUGGCAGAGAAAGGGCCGAAAUCCUCAAGAAAGUCUAGGCAGGCAUUCUCACAUCUGUCUACUUCAGAGUUCUCUUCUAGACCUAUUUGUCAAAAUAUGAACAAGAAGAAAGUCAGACACAGUUCUCAGAAGGCGCUGCAUAUACAUCGAAGUAAAUUAAAGAGGACAACAAAAAUGGUAGCUUGUAAGAGUUCUACAUAAUGGGAAUGCAUCAGGCCUCUAUUUUCUUAUGUUAAGAACCUCUAUGACCACUCAGGCCAAGAAAACUUGGUUACUGGUAACUGUCAACUAAAAGAGCAGAUUGUUAGGUGUUCCAGGUUCUCACUAUCACUCGAGUUCGGUAGUUUCUCUUCCAAAGAAAUAUUUAGUCUACUUCAAUUGGACAUCCUCAUGCAUGUGUCUCAUGUCCCUGAUGUAUAUUCCCCAGAUAUUUUUGUUUGACAGAAGUGUAUAUCCAAAAGAUACUAGUCUCAGUCUCUUAACACCCUACACUUGUUAAUUGAGGGUUUUGUUUUUUUCUCGAGUUCAUAUUUCUGUAGGGUUGUGUCUCUAUUUUCUGUUUCUUCUUUAUCUGUUAUUUGAAAAAAUAUGAAUAAACUGUAUUUUGUAAUAUUAAACAGGCCUUCUAUCAUAUUUGGCAUGUUCCUGAUC